AUGCUGAAUGUGUACGACAUCACAGACUGGGUCUCGGCUCAUCCAGGCGGCGAUGUUAUCCUGCGUGCUGCCGGAGGUUCAAUCGACGGCUACUGGGACAUAUUCUCCAUUCACAAGAACCAAUACGUAUACGAUAUUCUGGACACCUAUCUUAUAGGCUACGUUGAUAAAGUCGACCUCUCCUUGGACGGCUCCCGGCUAGCUGUGGCACACGAUAUCGAGGACCCUUUCUCAGAUGAUCCAGUCCGCCACCCCGAUCUUAUAACACGUACCCGGAAGCCACGGAAUGCCGAGUCCCCCGCCUGCUCCAUCGAGGACAACUUCUUGACCCCCAACGACCUGUUCUACGUUCGAAACCACAUGUGGGUGCCCACCGUCGACCAAGAUCCAGACGACCACCGUCUUACCAUUGAGCUGGCUGAUGGGUCCACAAAGUCUUACACGCUGCGUGAGCUCAAAGCCCGCUUCCCCAAACGUACCGUCACGGCCACCCUCCAGUGCUCGGGAAACCGUCGUGCCCACAUGAGUGAGGGUUCGGGACGCAAGGCCAACGGUCUACCCUGGGACGUGGGUGCCAUAUCCAACGCCGUGUGGGAGGGCGUCAUGUUAGCCGACAUCUUGGCCGAUGCUGGCUUUGACCCCAGGAGUUCGCAAAAAGAUAAGGAUGUCAAGCAUGUCCACUUUGUGGGAAUGGAAACCUAUGGUUCAAGCAUACCUAUUCGGAAAGCCAUGGACCCUUAUGGUGAUGUCCUCCUGGCCUGGGGUAUGAAUGGCGAGCCCUUGCCCCGUGAUCAUGGAUUUCCUCUGAGAUCCAUUGUCCCCGGAAACGUGGCAGCUCGAUCAGUCAAGUGGCUCCAGCGCAUAGCUCUCAGUGACGACGAAAGUCCUGCCCAGUGGCAGCGUCGAGACUAUAAGUGCUUUGGGCCCAAUCAAACAGCCGUCGACUGGGAUUCAGCCCCCGCCAUCCAGGAGAUGCCAGUCCAAAGUGCCAUCACAGGCGUGCGUCUAGGACAUAUGAGGAGCAAUGGCAAGGAUGACAACGGAAAUGCUGUCAAAGGUCAUCCAAUCUCCAUGAGCGGUUAUGCUUUCUCGGGCGGAGGUCACGGUAUUGUGCGAGUUGACGUUUCCCUCGAUAACGGCCACACAUGGUUCCAGGCCCGUCUCCUGGAUGACGGCAGUGAUGAUGGCGACGACGGGCACAGUAACGUUGUAACGAACCAACCCGGACAGUCAUGGUCGUGGAAGCGUUGGCGAUUUGACGGGACCGUGCCUCAAGUGACAUUCCACGAUUCCCAGGAUGGCCGGAAGUGCACGCACCUUGUCGUCAAGGCCAUCGACGACGCAUACAAUACCCAACCCGAGAGCUAUGCUGCUACCUGGAACAUCCGGGGCAACCUCACCUCUGCAUGGCACCGUCUCCUUGUUUGUACCGACUGCAGCAGCAAGUCCUGA